CGACAACCUUGAAUGGGAUUUCAUAAAAAAUUGCCCUACACAUUUUGAUUUUCCACCUUUAUGGAUCAAAAUGAUCAUGACAUGCAUAUGCACCACUUCCACUGCCAUUAGCAUUAAUGGAUCACUCUUCGAUGAAUUCUAUCCAUCACGAGGAAUCCGCCAAAGUGAUCCUAUCUCUCCAUACAUUUUUAUCUUGUGCAUGGAAUACCUAUCCCUUCUCAUUGAACAAAAAUGCAACCUGGGAGAAUGGAAACCUCUUAAAGCCUCUAGAAAUGGUCCAUCCUUUUCACACAUUCUCUUUGCGGAUGAUGUCUUCCUAUUUGAUGAGCCUUCCAAACACAAACUCCAUCUCAUUAAUUGGGACACUGUUUGUUUACCUAAAGGACAUGGUGGCCUUGGUAUUCGAAGGUGUUCCAAACUUAAUGAAGCUUCCAUCAUGAAACUCAUUUGGCGUUUCCUAACCCUCCCAAGUUGCCCUUGGAUGGAUUUACUCCGAAAGAAAUACAGUUUUCAAAGGUAUUUCCAUCAACCUUCUCAAAUAUGGAGAGCUAUGGCCCAACUUCACUCCUCCUUCCUUGCUGGAACCACUUGGAUUAUUAACAAAGGCAACCAAGUCAAUUUCCUUCAAGACAAUUGGCUUCCUAUUGGUCCAAUCAACAAAACUGUUUAUGGUCCCUUUCAUUUUGAUCACUCCUCCUUCACGGUUGCUGACGCCUUGAAUUUUCUUUCCUCUUUUGGUGAACUUCAUUGUUCUCUCCCAUCCUCAAUUGAAUCCACUAUUCUCUCUCAUCUAGAACUUGUUAUCCUUGGCAUCCAGGUUCCUUUAAACUGCCCCCGUUGUAAUUCUGCCCCAGAAUCUCCUCUCCAUCUCAUCCGUGAUUGCCCCAUAGUUCACAGUCUUUGGGUGCCCACUUCUAUACCGCUUACUCUCCAACAUAGCUUCCACCUUGGACUUUUAGAAUGGCUCAAAAUCAACUCUAGCUCUAAAUUUUGGCUUGAUCAUCCAAAAAUUCCCUGGGCAGCAUUCUUCUCUUCUAUGAUCUUGAAUAUUUGGCUUGAUAGGAAUCACCUCUGUUUUGAAAACUCCUCCAACUUUAAACCAGUUUCAUGUUCCUUUCACCCUAUCACAUGGAUCCUGCCACAGCCCGAUUGGUUUAAACUAAAUUCUGAUGGCUCAUCUAACCACACCUGCACCAAAGCUGGUGCUGGAGGCGUGAUCAGGGAUCCAAAAGGCAAUUGGAUUGCUGGUUUUGCCAAAAAUCUUGGCUUUGGCAAUUUGGUCAGGAGGCUUCAUCCAUACACAAAUGGUAUUUGCUUAUUACUGUAUGCUGUAGAUAUUGCUUAAGACCCUUUGUUUGUUUAUCUAACAGUUAUCGCAUGCUCUAUAAUCUAUAUUUUCCUUUUCCAGUAUAGCACCUAUCAUAGGUUUACUUCAUGUAUCAUAUUCUUUUCAUUAAUGAAUUUAUGAUUUUACC